GCCGCCAUGGCCGACGUGGAGGAGGGCGAGGAACCCUGCGUCCUUUCCUCUCACUCCGGGAGCGUAGGCUCCAAGUCAGGAGGGGACAAGAUGUUCUCCCUCAAGAAGUGGAACGCGGUAGCCAUGUGGAGCUGGGACGUUGAGUGCGACACCUGCGCCAUCUGCAGGGUCCAGGUGAUGGAUGCCUGUCUUAGAUGUCAAGCUGAAAACAAGCAGGAGGACUGUGUUGUAGUCUGGGGAGAAUGCAACCAUUCCUUCCACAACUGCUGCAUGUCCCUGUGGGUGAAGCAGAACAAUCGCUGCCCUCUGUGCCAGCAGGACUGGGUGGUCCAAAGAAUCGGCAAAUGAGAGGUGGCAGAGGCUCUCCUGGUGUGGUUGGUGACCCUGGACAACCUUGCCGUCAAGUUACUGGACAAAGACUAGACACUCCAGGGGAUUCGUCCUUCAGAUAGAAAGGAUAGUGUGCGGCCUUUGAGACUCAUCCAAGGCCUGCUUUAUCAUGUUGUUUAAUGUUGGGAACUUCUCUACAACUAAGAAGAUAAUUUAUUAAAAAUGGCCUUUCCUACCUCUGGUGUGUGUGUGUGUGUGAUACGUACUGCUUAGAAGAGCUGUAAGAGAGAGAACACCAGAAAUUGAAUGAUCUCUGUUGUUUAUCUGUCAGUUCAUAGAGCUGAGAGAGCAUUGUGUUCACAGAAGAACUUUGUCUGUGUUUAUGCUUGAGGGUUAAAAAAUAAAUAAAAGAAUGUUACAGUAACAAAUAAAGUGCAUUGAAAAGCUGA